AUGAUAUCACAGAUCCCGUCUACUGCAGGGCUUUGCAUGCAGCAACAUCAGCACGAAUGCCGUUCGCCACUAGUUCCCUUGAACUCAGUCAAGCGGAAACAGCUGCGACCGCAGCAGCAGCACCUGCAACAACUCACAGAGUGGGGUGGCGGUGCUUCUAAAGCAACUGCUGCUGCAACUGCUGCUGCAGCACCAACCCCCCUGGCGUUGCACCAGGAUCAACUUGAAGCAGUAUCUGCAGCUCUUUUCUGCAGCGCAGCAGAGGCAGUAGCGCUUCUCGCGGAGAUGCAGAUGAAGCCCUCAGUUCGAGAUGCUGUGCCGACUUUGCUGCUCGCCCUAGAGCGACUUCGCUUGUCACAGCAGCUGCGCCGAUGCCAGCGUCAGCAGUUGCAGCAGGAGCAGCAAAAGGUGCUUAACAGUGAGGCACGGGGGUCACUGGCCACGCCUUUAGUGACGGAGAAGGCAGCAGCAAUAGCUGCAGCAGAAGCUGCUGUGCGGUGCCUGCAUGCGCUGGGCCGUUGCCAGUUGUUCAGUGAAAAGCUGCUGCAGGAGGUGUCUGCACACCACAUUGCUGCGGCUGAUGCCGACACCCUCGCUCUUUAUAUCUUUGAGUGCGGCCAUGGGUGCUUCGAGCGGGCGCUGGCUGCUGUACAAGAGAUGUCCGGUGCCUCUCUUCUGCUGGCGUGUGCUGGUCUCUACCGCUUCUGUACCGAUUGGAAGCCCUUUUAUGAGAGUGCAGCACCUCGGCUGCUGCAGUUGUACAUCGAGUGCUGCUGCGUUUUGCGGGCAUGCAUGGGCUCGUGUGAGGGGGAAGUGGAGCGAUUCAUCGCAACGUUUGUAGAACGGAGGUGUCCAAACACCCCAGCGGAGUAUGGGGUUCUAACGCGGGCCCUUGUGGCGGCUAUAGAGGCUUCAGCGCCUCCUCUGCCACUGGCAGCCUCCGGGAGGGCCUCCGAAGAAGCAGGAGCAGGAGCAGCAGGAGCUGAGGGUGUUGCUGGUGAUCCGCUGUCGCUAGUGCAUCCCCUGCAUGAUCUUGUGGAUUUGGUGGACUGCGUUGCUUCUCACGGCCUUCAGAGUUCUGCAGUUCGCCGUGUUGAGGCUGUUGUUGCUGCACGGUAUACAGAAAUCGAAUACAGCGUAAACUUCACUCUGUGGCUCGUUUGCCUUGAUGCGUUUUCUCGAGUGAAGGGCCACUAUCCCCACAUGCUGCUGCAGCACAUCACGGCAAACAUGUACAAGGCAGUGGAUAACGGCGGCGGCAGCAGCACCUGGGCUUACAAAAACAGUAGCAAUGGAAGCUUGUCAAGCCCCCUUGAUUCCCUCAGCGCUCUCCAGAGACUCAAGUUCAUGCAGGCCCUCACCCGCCUUUCCUUCUUUCCCCUUCCAGUUGUCCAGGUGUCUUUACCGUCAUGA